GGAGGCGCUCGCUGCAGCCGCCCCGCGGCCCCGCUGCGCACACCGCCGCCCACCCACGGCCGCCGCGCGCCCCGCCCGCUCCCAUUCUCGCUUAUCAUGACUGCCUGCGAAGCUCUUGCGGAGGAGCUGCGGUGGCGCAGGCGGGAGCGGCGGGGGGAGUGCUGAAAGACAGUGGCCGAACGACCGGGAGUGGACGUCGCGUCCGGACCAGCCCACAGCUCCAGGAUUCCCUGAGCUCUGAGGGGAAGUAUUGAUGGAGACAUCCAUGUAGAGCUGUGUGGUCCAAAAUCUUUCUCUCUGCAUAGUGUCUGUCUGUGGGUCUCUAUUUCUUCCCAUCAACUACAGGAGGAAGCCUCUCUGUUGAUUGGCAUCUCCUUCUUAAGUCUGCUAUCACAGUGUAAGCCUCGAGGUCCCAAUGGGGGACUCAGGAUCAAGACGAUGUACCCUGGUCUCCCGAUUGCCAAUAUUCAGGAAAAGUAUUAGCAGAAGGCAUGACUCUCUCCCUUCUUCACCCUCUUCUGGUAACACAGCUGGUGUUCACAGCUCCUCGCCUUCCAGCACCAACUCCAGCUCAGGGAGCGUGGGGAAACGCAGGAGCAUCUUCCGGGCUCCAUCCAUCAGCUUCCACCACAAGAAGGGGAGUGAACCUAAGCCAGAACCCACCGACCAGAACCUUAGUAUUUCCAAUGGUGCUCAACCCAGUCACAGCAAUAUGCAGAAACUUAGUUUGGAGGAGCAAGUCAAAACCAGGGGAAGACAUUCUGUGGGUUUUAGUAGUUCACGAAGUAAGAAGAUAACAAGAUCUUUGACGGAAGAUUUUGAAAGAGAAAAGGAACCUUCAACUAAUAAGAAUGUCUUUAUAAAUUGUCUAAGUUCUGGGAGAAGUGAAGGGGAUGAUUCUGGAUUCACAGAAGAACAAACUCGCCGUUCUCUUAGGCAGUCAACAAAGAAGCUACUCCCCAAAUCCUUUUCAUCCCACUCUAAAUUUUCUAAGUCGGUUCCACAGAGUCAAUCCAGGCCAUUGGUACAGCAGCCUGAGUUUUCUCUGGCGAUCGCACAGUACCAGGAGCGGGAACUGGAAGUAGGGAGACCUUCCCCGUCUUGCUCUGUGGAUGUAACAGAGCACGCAGGAAGUUCCUUACAGUCACCUCUACUUUCCACUGAUCUGACCACAGCUCAGACCCCUUCAGAAUUCUUGGCCUUGACUGAAGACUCUUUGUCUGAGGCAGAUGCCUUUCCAAAAAGUGGAAGUAUGGCAUCGCACUGCGACAACUUUGGUCACAAUGAUGCUACCUCUCAGCCCACCCCCAGUCUCACCACUAUCACAAAGACCACGAUGGAGUUUGUGGGGACUGUGCCCUGUAUGAAGAUGUCUCCUGGGAGAUACAGGCUAGAUGGCCGCUGUGGCUCUGAAUUGCGUUCUUUACCAGAGACCUCUGUAACUAACCAGAGGGAAGUGUUGCCGCAAAGCGCUGGAUCCCCUCUUAGGAAUGUGAGCGACACAGAGACUCACCUACCACAUGGUCAUCAAAGAGAAGAGAAACCCACUGAACCAAUGCUCAGGACCAGCUCGCCCAGGACACUGGGCUCUUAUGACCCACACAAGGCACUGGCCGAACGCAUUAAAGGAGUUCACCCCGUUUCAGAUUCAAGGGUAAUCCCUUCCUCUGGGGAUCAUCAUGUUUUUAACAAAACGUCUUAUGGAUAUGAAGCAAGUGCUGCUAAAGUUCUUGCCAGCAGCCUCAGUCCAUAUCAUGAAGGAAGAUAUAUAGAGCGGCGGCUGCGGUCCUCAUCUGAAGGAACGGCAGAAAGUGGCAGAACGGUCUCAAAGCCGAAGGAUGGGCACACUGAAGCCAGCAGCUUAAGAAAGCACAGAGCUGGGUCCUCGUCCUCCAAAAUGAACAGUCUGGAUGUUCUAAAUCAUUUGGGAUCCUGUGAACUGGACGAAGAUGAUCUGAUGCUUGAUUUAGAAUUUUUAGAGGAACAGAAUCUUCAACCCCCAGUUUGCCGGGAAGAUUCCUGCCACUCUGUAAUGUCAUGUGCAGCUGUUCUUCUUAGCCCAGUGGACCAAACAAGAGAAAUGAAGACGCUAGAAGAACCAAAAUGUCCUGAGCCUUCCAAACAGAGCCUUUCCCUGAAAAUAACAAAAGACGUUGAUCAAGAAGCCCGAUGUUCCCAUGUCAGCCGAAUGUCGACCAGUCCCUCUGCAGAUUGUCCCCUGCUCGGUGUGGAGGAAAACGGAGGAGUAGAUUCCCUGCCAUUCAGACUGAUGCUGCAGGAGUGCACAGCAGUGAAGACCUUGCUACUGAAGAUGAAGAGAGUGCUUCAAGAGAGUGAUGUGAGCCCUUCCAGCAGUACUACAUCACUUCCCAUCAGCCCUCUCACGGAAGAUCCACUGCCUUUCAAGGAUAUAAUGAAAGACGAAUGUUCAAUGCUGAAGCUGCAACUGAAAGACAGGGAUGAGCUAAUUUCUCAACUUCAAGCAGAGCUGGAAAAAGUGAAACAUUUACAGAAGGCUUUUGCUUCACGAGUAGAUAAAUCCACGCAGACUGAACUUCUAGGCUGUGAUGGUUUAAGCUUGAAACGACUGGAGGCAUUACAAGGCGGGAGAGAGUCUACAUACCGGAAUCGAACCAUGAGCCAAAGUCUCAGCACAAGGGACAGAAAAGCAAUACAUACUCCCACCGAGGACCGUUUUAGAUACUCCACAGCUGACCAGACUACAAGUCCCUACAAGAACAUCUGCCAACUCCCUGGUCUAUGUCUAAGCAAUUUCUUGAAGGAAAAGGAACUCGGAGGUGUUAUGAAACAGUCAAGGGGUUCUUACGAAGCCAUCACCUCAGAAGUGCCCCAGAACUCGAGGACCACUGUGGGACCAAGUUUACUGAAGCCAGCAAUGAAGACAGAAGGGCUCUCCAUGUUCUCAGAGAAACCAAAGGACCCCGGAGCUCUGUCCCGACAACACUCAACCUUCACAGGCAGGUUUGGACAGCCACCCAGAGGACCUAUCUCCUUACACACAUACAGCAGAAAGAAUGUUUUUCUCCAUCACAAUUUACAUACUGCAGAGUUGCAGACUCUGGGCCAGCAGGAUGGGUAGUUAGACUUAUGAACAAUAGAGAUGGCUACUGUUCCAUGUGCCAUGCAAGAGUGGUCAUGUUCAUUUUGCUAGUUUUAUUUUUAGCUGUAAGCAAGGUCUGAUGGGCUUUUUUACUUUAUUUCUAAGGAUGAGGAUUUGAGUAUAUUGACUGACUAGUUUGAAUUGUGCAGAAGUCUUUGCUCUCUAUGGAAAUAUACAUGCAUAAUGAGUGGAAUUAUCUUGCUGACUUAUGUAGUCUAUAAGUUAUUUAUAUUUUUCCUGUAUCACUUGCUAUUAUGCAUUGAGAUUUCAGAAGGUAAUGUCAGAUAGCUCUCUGUUUAUGGUGUUACUAUAAAGUAGGUUAGAGGAAUGAGUAUAGGAAGGAACUGUACAGUUUUAGAUUAAAUAGUUACUGGAAAGAGCAGAAUAGACUUUCAAGCUUAUACUAGAAGGCGUGUUUGUUAGUGGAAUGAAGCUUGUGUGCAUGUAACGUGAGAUGCCUUCGUCUCUCUAUUACAUACAUUCAAGCUUUUGGAGCUAUUGGGAGGGAAGGACCAUUUUUGUUUAUAAAAUAAUUAGUUAGAUUAAUUAACAAAGGAUAGAGAAACACAGCUCUACUCUUUACAAGAUUUUGUUUGUUUAAAAAAAAAAUUUCUAGGAAUAUAAAAAGGAUCAGAGAAUGAAGCGACAGAAUCAACUGAACUUUGCCAAAUGGCACACUUAGUGGGUAUUGUCAUGGAUAAAUGAGAACAUUUUUUCUUUAAAUAUCAAAGAUUUAGUAUUCUAAAAAUUAUAUAUUCUUUUACUUCACUUUCUUUGUAUUCUUAAAAUAUUUAUUUAUUUUUAUAUACAUCUAGGUUUACUUUAUAAUCAUUAACUGAUGAUGUUUUAAUUAAGAAACAGAAAGACCAGUUUUUGUUUGUUUUGUGUUAUUGUUUGGGAUUUUUUUGUAAUCUAAAUAUAAAAUUCUGGUUAUGCACUCUACUAGAUGUGCAACCUAAAGUAAAAUGUGUGAACGUUGGCAAUUGGAUCUGCAGAAUCAGUCUCUAACCAAAACACUUCAGUCUCCUUUGGUGGCAAGCAGUAGUCUUUGACAUGCAAGGCUUGAUAUUUUGUAUACUUAAGUGCAUAGGAGAUAGAUCAAAAGAGCUAACUAGGAACAUCGUGCUAAUUUAGUAAUAGAAGAGUAACAAAUAGCAGUUGCCUUAGAGAAAGAUCAGGGUUAAUAAUUAUUCACAUUCAGGAUUGUGGGUGUAUUGCAACUAUCAAAACCCUGCACGCAUUCUCUAGCAGACAAACUCCAUCAGCAUGCGGCAAUGAGAUGAAGACAGGGAAAAUGACGCUGCAGCCGUUAGCAUGCCAUCUGACUGAGCUGCUAAAAUUAGAGCCACACCUAAUAUGCAUUGCCUAAUAUUUAAAAAAGUAUUUGAACUCUGUUAUUUGGCAGAGCACCUGAGAUGCCCAUCCCAGCUUUAACUACUGCAGUUAAGACUAUACCGUUCUGCUUUUAUUUUCCUGAUAAAGAUGUACACCACUCAAGCUUUCUUUGGUGUUUGUUUCGUGUGUGUUUAUAAUUCUGUUAAACUGACACUGGAGCUAGCUCCCUAACACUUCCAGGAUCUACUAGAAAUCACAAAAGUCAUGUGGAUAUGCAUUGUGAGCUGGACAAUAUUUGUGAAAUGAUAAGAAAAAAUGAUUAGUUUUAGAAUUCAACUUGAUUUGUAGUGAAAAUUGGCUUCUAUUCUUAGAAUAUUUUAAAACUGUAAAUACCCAAGCAUGAAAACAAAACAAGUUUGGAUUUUUUUCCCUCCAGGAUGUAGAAGAAUAUACAAGGAAACAAGUACUGUUUUUUAAGUUGUAUUUUGAAGUUUAUAGUUAUGUUUUCUUGGAAGAUAGCUUUUGAAUUAUCCUUUGUAAGAAAUAAUCUAUUUAAAAAAUCCUGUCAUUUAAUAGACAUUUUAAUAGAUGUUUUAAACACUAGUAUUUUCUUGACAAACCUUUUUUAAACGGAAACAUUCAAAAGGAAACCCUGGACUAACCUGUUCAAUUUUGAAAGGAAGGGUAUUUUUGGAAUGAUCACCUUGAGACUGUUUUGUAUCAGUAUUUUCAUCACGGUUCUGGUUUCAUUUGUAAUACCCAGUGUGACUCAGGCCUGGAGAAGGUGUAAGCCGACUAUGUUAAUGCAGGUCAGUAACAAAGGCCUGGGGUUCUUUUGAAAGUUCCUCUGUGUGGCUACCCUAAGCCCUAACAACCUUGUGUGGGCAUUCUUUCAGUGGAUCGAUUUCUUUGUACAAAAAUCUCUAGUUUUCUAAGACUGUUCCACAUAUCAAAUGGUUUUAUACAUUUCUCCAAGGCGAUACAUAUCCAAAGACAUGAAGCCAGGGAAAAAGUGCUUGUUUUUCUGAUGAAGCAAUGGUCUCCUCCUUUUUCUUCUUUGCAUGUACUUGUGUAGUUAAGCUUAAAAAGACAUGUAACACUUCUGCUGCAGCUCUUCUCAACACGGGGUGUGGAAGAGUCAUUCCUUGAAGGAGAACUGUGUCUACCUGAAAUAAAUGAUUCCCCCUUUUAUAAUCACUGGGAUACGAAGCUUUCUUUCUAUAAAGUCUGUGAUUGCUUUUCUACGUUUUUUAUAUGCUAAGACUUACCACAGCACCAUUCAUCAAUUCGCGGAUAAUCUUUGCCUCGCUGGAGCACCCUCAUCCUUGUCUAAAUUGUGCAAAGAGGCAGUGGGUCCCACAGUAAAACAAUCAACAGACUUUUAGCAAUGUGGCUGGGGUAAGGACAUUUUGUUAGUUAUUGACUUACUUAUGUACAAAAAAAAAAUAAGAUAAUAGUUAAUAUGAAACAAUAUCAGGAAAUGGCAUGCACAAAGUCACUUAAUGUAAUAUGUUUACAGAGGUUGUCAUGAAUAAUCUGGGUAUCUCUCCUUGGUAUUUAUGCUUAUAUAUUCUGAGAUUUACCCUCAGGCACUUGUCACUACUCUCAAGGAAAAUUUCACAUUUUGUGUUUUCUUUUUUUAUAUUUUCAAUAGAUAAACUAUUACAUACUCCUUACUUCCAAAAGACUCAACACACUUUCCCCCACAAUAACACAUUUAAAGAUGAUAUUCCAAAAAUAAUUGGUCAUUUUCCACGGACUCUCCUAGUAAUUUAGCAGAUAAAACAACAAGGACAAUUUAUUAACUCAUGAGUCUUAUUUUCUACUUUAUUCAUUGUUAUAGUAUCAAUUUCCUUAUCAAUAUAGUUAUCAACAGAAAUACCUGCUUAGGAGUACCAAAUAGCCUACAUUGACUCUAGAGUUUUGUUUAAUAAUUAAUGGUUUCUAGUGCCAUCUUUAUCUACGCACAUUUGGUACCUCUAAGCAAAAAAUUUAAUUUACAUUUGUAUUAUAUUACCUAAUAUAUCUUUAUACAUUUCUCAUAAAUCUUUAGUACGGUUGACCCUUUAGUUUUUCUCAUUUCCUUGCCACUCAUGUACACUUAAAUUUUUCGAUGCCCAGACACAUUACUUUCUUGGUUAAAAAUACUAUUAUCAGCACAUUUUUGUAGUAGAAACAUAUAAUUUCUUCAAUGUUCUCUCUUUCUCUCUCAAUACAAACACAGACUUAACAAACUCUCACACACAAAAACAGACACAGAUUAAAUUUAGACUAUUCUUCAAUGGUUAUAAAAUACUUCAAGACAUAUUGCAUGACUUAUAUUCAAACAGGAAAAUUGAAAGUAACCUCAGAUUGUUCUGCUAGAAUACAUUAACAUCCAACAAGUAAAAUCAUUCAAGUUUCUAUAUGAUCUUAAAAUUUCAAAAUAAGUGGUGUUUUCCUGCUCUGUUCUUUUAGACAAUGAGAUUUCAAAAAUCUGAAAUGAAGCAAUCAGGUGUACUUCAUAAUUACCUGUAAUGACUAGACAUUUGUCAGUCUAUUUGCUCAGACACAGAAAGUAUCCUUUUGACUGUGAGCACCAAGCACUAUAAAGAAUAGGAUCAUUCAUUUUCUCUUUUGUUAUAAAUUUAUACUAUGUGUUCUGAUCAUGCUUUUUACUCCUCUAGUCUCUACCCAUGUUCCAUUCACUCAAUUUUAUGAAUUCUUUCUCUCUCUACUUAGAAAACAAACAGGCAAAAGAAACAAAAGACUACUACCAGCAACAAAAUUAAAGAUAAUUAUGAAAAAGCACAACCCACACAAACACAAGUGCACACAAACAAAAACCAUGAAAACACAAAUUCAGAAACAAUAAUAUAAAAGCAAA